GUAGGAGAGAACCCACCCAUAAAUUAGAAAAUUAGAACUGAAGCACUCGCCGUCUAGACUUUCACACACUAGAUAAACAACUCGACGGCUUUGUGGAUUGCAUUACUUUAGCCAUUCUCAUUGAAUGUCAAACUAUUCAAUCCCACCCUGGGGGGCUACAAGUACAAAGUCUUAGAAGCUCAAGAUGAUUUGCGCUUGUUGUCGUUUUGUCCUUGGGACACAGCAAGACUAUGGGCUGAUUACUGGCAAUCGAGGCUGGAAAGACCCCGAAGAGCCACAUCAUCGCGACUGCAAGAGUUUGACCGCCUCCGUGGACGCCGGGUGUUACAUUUGCAACCGACUUUGGGCUGCUCUUGACAUGGAUGCGCGACAAGACAUCAGGCAACUGAGCGCUGAGUCGACGAAACGAGAAUCUACAGAAGAAACCGAGCCACCCCUCACGUCCGGGUUCUUAACCAAUGGAGCACAGUUUGCUUAUCCCUCCGCCUAUAUACUACACGUCGCUCUCGACUACAGUAAGGCAUCUCCAGUGAAGAAAAGCCCGCCGAAAGGGUUCGCUCGAGCUGAGAUCCUUCUUCUUCCGCAAGAAUUCUACGCAUCCCAGCAUAAAGUCGGAUCCCACUCCCGUAGUACUAGAUCCGACUAUACUUUCCUCGUCGCGCAGAGAUGGAUUUCGGAAUGCUUAGCUGAACACUCAAACUGCGGUGCCAAACCGCACUUAACCACGACAGCGCAGUGGUAUCCUACUCGCCUCCUUGAUACCGGACCGCUGGAGGAGGAAAGCUCUGGUUGUCGACUCACCCUCCCGAACAUCACGCCUGUCAAAGGUCCCUAUGCGACACUGAGUCAUUGUUGGGGUGUUGCUAAAUCCUUCAGUCUGACGACAGACAACUACACUCAACUGCUUCAAGACAUACCGCUCGACACGUUGCCCCAGUUAUAUCAGGAUGCUAUUGAGGCUACUCGGCGUCUUAAUCUCCGAUAUCUAUGGAUAGACUCGCUCUGCAUCAUUCAACAAGGCGACAAGUUUGUCGAUUGGAGAAAGGAGUCAGCGGAUAUGAAUAAGAUAUACUCGGGGUCCUUUGUUAAUAUAUCAGCGGCCGAUGCGCCAGACGCAAAUCACCCCCUUUUCCAUGGUCGCAAUCCGGAUGCAUUUUGUUCACAUACCAUAGACCUUCCCGUCGACUCCAAGGAUACACGAUUUCUGGUCCAGGAUUACGGCUUUUGGAGAACAGAAGUCUCCAAUGCAGUCAUAAAUACGAGAGCCUGGGUUCUUCAGGAAAGACUGCUAUCGCCGAGAGUGCUGUACUUUGGCCAACGUCAAAUCCUGUGGGAGUGCCAGCAGAAGGAGGAUGCCGAGAUCUAUCCUGAAGGCUUGCUAAUCGACCUAUCCAGAUUUCCCAGUAGAAUCAAGGGUUUUGGCAACAGCCUGGUCGGUUGGAGGCCUCGGGAUCAUGGCCAAGUCUCGAAGUAUCAUUACUGGUGCAACAUCGUGAAAGCCUACACCAGAGCUAAACUUACCUUUCCUGGCGACAAGCUGGUGGCUCUUUCAGCUGUUGCGAAGACGGUCAGGGAAUUGCUUGAAGAUCGUUACGUUGCAGGGAUGUGGCGCCGCUAUCUAGAGCGGGAACUGCUGUGGACUGUUGUUCCUAACGAGGCACAAGCUAGGCCGUCAGCCUAUCGGGCCCCAAGUUGGUCUUGGGCGGCGGUAGAUGGACAGAUCACUCCAGCUAUUAUGGACCCCGAAGCGGUAGAGGUGUUGAUCGAGGUGCAGGAUCUACAUCUUGACUAUGUUACGAGCGAUACAACGGGCCUGAUCAGCGCGGGGUGGCUACGGCUCUGGGGAGUCCUCAAGAAGGUCGAGCUCCUGCCCGAUGCCACACUCGGCAUUCAUGGCAACAUUCAUCGUUCCUUGAUGAUGGUCGUCAACGACGUUCCAGUCAGUGUUCGUGCAGACUCGGCUAUGAUGGAGUAUCAGCCCCAUGUCUACUUUGAUGACAGCCAGGAGUGGGCCAGCAUUCAGAAUCAUCGGCCGAAACUGUUUUGUGUGCCAGCUGGAAGAAGAACAGGCAAUGAUGGGAGUAUCUACGUCUUGUUAUUGCAGCUUCAAGAUAGGAAAGAGGGCAUCUUUCGGCGCAUUGGGAUUGCCCGCGGUUGGGGCAAGGAGUUGAGGGAGAGCUUGCUGGUGCGUAAUGCAAAAGAGAGAACUUUGCCAUGCGUCAAAUACGAAGAAGGCCGACACCUAGUUCAGAUUGUUUAGUUGGGCUAAGGUAGUCUGCUGAGGCAACUAGACAGUGCACUGGGAACAAGACGAGAUGAGCAAGCACUUUCGCAGUCAAGUACAACAUGAAGGCUUCACAGGCAUCUACAAAUAGAGAAUUGAG